GUUCGCUUCACUUUUACCCUUUUACCAGUUUUAACCCUUUAAACCCUUUUUCUUGCUGUGGCGCGUGGUCGUGCUGGCCGCGCUGCGGUGUCAGCGGAUGCCCGCUCUAUCCCCGUUUUACCGCUAAACUACGCUGUGAGUUGCACGUGGCGGUGUGUGCUGCGGAGUCACCCCGCACCGCCUCAACCGCCGCUCAGAGCUAUUUCCUUUUCCUACAGGUUCCACCAAAGCCUGUUUAAGCUUGGUUUGCGCAGUUCGCUCUAACGUGAGUAUCUUUCACGUGGCCCCGCCGCGUGGUCGGCGGAGCUGGAAUGCGCGGGGGCCUGGGGCAGGCAAGGUGGUUAUAAGUGUUUAGAGCAAAGGUCCAACGUGGAUAUCCGGAGAAGUCGCUCUCUCUCGGCUCUGUCCGUGUGGCGCGUGGGAGCGCAGGCCCUCGGGCCCGUGACGUAUAGUCCCUUUCCACGACGUUGGAGAGCAAGCCGGGCCCCGAGCCUGCAGCCUGCAUAUUCCUACUGCUUCUCUGAGCCCUUGGGCCGUGACAGAGGAGACAAACCAUGCAGGAAACACUGACACGCCGGGUGGGACGGGGAACACGUGCCGAGCUGGGAGGGGGAGACAUUAAAACACAACCUCCUGAGCAAAUCCUUAAAUUAUCUUUUUUUUUCUUCAUUUCCAGAACCGAAAUUGAAAAAGGUGGAGUGAAACACGAUUUUUAAAGAAUCUGCUGGGGCGAAGUGACAAAGAAAAUCUGCUUUUAGUGGGAAAGGAUUCCACGAUGCCGGGAAAACGCAGAGUGCAGGUCCUGGUCCCAGAAGAAGUGUCUUCUGAGAUGAAAAAGGUUAAAGAUUCCAAGACGCCAGCAAAACGCAGAAUGAAGAUCCUGGUGCCAGAAGAAGAAUCUACUGAGACAAAAAAGGUUAAAGUCAGCCACCCAUCACAUCGCUCACAGCCUGGGCUGGUGCUGACACUGGGCCAGGGUAAUGUUGGGCAGCUGGGUCUGGGUGAAGACAUCAUGGAGAGGAAGAAGCCAGCUCUGGUCACACUGCCAGAGAUGGUGGUGCAGGUGGAAGCUGGAGGGAUGCACACGGUGUGCCUCAGCCAGACUGGAAAGAUCUACACCUUUGGCUGCAAUGAUGAAGGUGCCCUGGGACGCGACACCUCGGCUGAAGGGUCCGAGAGCUCUCCAGGGUUGGUGGAGCUGCAGGAGAAGGUGGUGCAGGUGUCGGCGGGGGACAGCCACACGGCCGCGCUGACUGAGGAUGGCAGGGUCUUUGUCUGGGGCUCCUUCCGGGAUAACAAUGGAGUGAUUGGCUUGCUGGAGCCCAUGAAGACAAGCUCCAGUCCUGUGCUGCUCCAGCUCAAUACCCCUGUUGUUAAAAUAGUUUCAGGAAAUGACCACUUGGUGAUGCUGACAGUGGAUGGCGACCUGUUCACGUGUGGCUGUGGUGAACAGGGCCAGCUGGGCAGAGUGCCAGCACUCUUUGCCACCCGAGGAGGACGGCGAGGACUGGAACGGAUGCUGGUCCCCCAGCUUGUCCCUGUCAGAGGCAGAGGGAGAAGAAGCAAAAUGCGCUUCCAGGAUGCUUUCUGCGGGGCGUAUUUCACCUUCGCCGUCACGCGUGAGGGACACAUCUAUGGAUUUGGCCUCUCCAACUACCACCAGCUGGGGACCCAGGACACCGAGCCCUGCUUCUCCCCGCAGAACCUCACGUCCUUCAAGAACUCCACCAAGUCUUGGGUUGGGUUCUCUGGUGGGCAGCACCACACGGUCUGCGUCGACUCUGAGGGUAAAGCCUACAGCCUGGGCAGGGCAGAGUAUGGCCGACUGGGCCUUGGGACAGGGGCAGAGGAGAAGAGUGCACCCACCAUUAUCCCGGAGCUCCCCAGUAUCGUCUCGGUGGCCUGUGGAGCGUCAGUUGGUUAUGCUGUCAGCAGUGAUGGACGAGUGUUUGCGUGGGGAAUGGGCACUAACUACCAGCUGGGCACCGGAGAGGAGGAUGAUGUCUGGAGCCCCGUGGAGAUGACGGGGAAGCAGCUGGAGAACCGGCGGGUGCUGGCUGUGUCCAGCGGCGGGCAGCACACGGUGCUGCUGGUCAGUGACAAGGAGCAGAGCUGAUGAAGCGACACCGCAGCCGGACCCAGCGGAAUCACAGCACCCCCAGACCCCCCACAACUUCUGCCUGGGUU